AUGGGUUUUCAUUUCACCACAGUUUCUUCCUGGGCUCUCACAUGUUUCCCCACCCAUGUGGGAGGGACGCAGCUGGACAGGAUUGGACACAAGGGAGCCCCAAUCCAGGCCAGAUACGCACGGGCGUCCUUGCUGCCACCCCAGCUCAAGAAGAGGACCAUGGCCCGGGGGACCACCCACCUGCUGCCACUUGUCCUGCUGGCACUCCUGACCUCAGGCUCCUGGGCGCAGCAGCAACAGUUGUGGACCCUAGAGGGUGAGACUGUCUCCGUGAGAUGCCCUUACCCAUCCCAGGAAGGGUUGAAGGUGAAAGUGUGGUGCAGAAAAACACCAGCAAACACUUGUAUCAUAUUAGCCACCCACUCGGGGCUCAGCACAGUGCCUAGGAACCCUCAGCUCCUCAUCACGGAUAACCCCGAGUUGGGCUACUUCACCGUCACCAUGGCUGCGCUCCGAAUGAGGGACUCGGGGACCUACUGGUGUGCAAUCUAUGAACAUCCCAUGGUGACUGUUCUCAAAACCAUCUCUCUGGUGGUAUCUCAGGCUCCAACACUGCAAGUCACCAGGAGCACCAGGAGCACCAGGACCACAGCCUGGACCUCUACCAUCAGCCCUGUCAUUGACAGCCCCCCCCCAGGCCACUGGAAUGUCAUCUCCAGCGUGUUGGUGGCCUUCCUGCUGCUGGGCCUCUCCCUCCUCCUGAUCCUGUACCUCCGCAAAGCCCGGGGACGAGCCAGGGCAGGCGAGGACAAACCCCACCACAUCUCUGACAUUCCUACCAACAAGGAUAACACUGUGUGGAGGACGAAUCCUGCCCCAAGUCAGAGGGACUCUCGGCUUUCCUGGGGCUCCAGCCAGCAGAUGGGCUCUGUCGAGGACACCGGGGACAUCCACUAUGCCUCACUUACCCACCUGAAGCCCUGCUGCCCUGAGGAGUCCAUCUACGUCAACACCCACCCUAGCCCCAAGCCCACACCUGACCUUUUUCUGGCUGUGGAAUAUGCCAGCAUCACUAAAAACUAA